CGCCGCAGAUCCACCACUCGAGACCCACACGCAGUCUCUCAGUCUGCAAACAACAAUCCCACCGAGCUAUCAGCGCGCAUAGAAGCUCCCGCCCGUCCUGCAGCCGCGAGCUCGCUCAUAAACCCAAACCUCUUCCUCACCGUGUGAAACCCCCGUCCCUCACUCAACAUUCCCCACCUCGCGCUCGGAACCCGGGCGUCGCUUCCAACUCGAUCGGAAAAACCCUAGCCUACCCAGGCGCGCGGCCGCGAGCCUGGACCGGUCGUCGAUGGCGCCGAGAGGCGGGGGGCGCCGGAGGGGGAGAGGAGGCGCCGCAGCCUCUCGGCCGCGGCACGAGCAUGCCAUGGACGUCGAGGUUAUCGAGCUAAGCGACGAUGAUGUGAAGUCAGCUGCACACGCGAAGCCGCGGGACGGAGAAAUUUCCGGUGCGGAGGGAUCUCCGGCAGAUAUCUCUGAGAUGCGCCCGUUUGAUUCAACCGAGGAGGUUUCCACGAGGAACCAGGGGCGUCUUAGGAAGCGAACUCCAACUGCUAGCGUUGCUGCAACCGCAGAGGUGCAGGUUCCUGGUGCUGAGCUAAGCAAUGUUGAAGCAGGUGGUGCGAUGUUGCCUCUAUGCCGAAGAUCCAAACGUCUACAAAGAAAGCCAUUUGUUGGCAGUGAAAGUGAAGAUGAUGAUUAUUCAGCCCUUCAGCAAAGAUCAAAGCGUCUUCGGCACAGAGUUGGAACUACUCUUCGUCCAUACGACAAUGAUGGUGAUAGUGACACCGCGGAUGAUGAUGACCAUAUUCCCCAUCGAAGAAGAUCAAAGCGUCUUCGGCACAGAGUGGGAACUAGAAAUCAUUCAUCCGAUGACAAUGCUGACAGUGACAGUCUGGAUAAUCACAGGAAGCCGAUUCCACGCAGGAUGUCAAAGCGCCUAAUAGAGAAACAGAAAGCUGAUCAUGUUUCAGAUGAGAGCUGCAGUGAAGCUUCUUUGUGUGAGUUGUCAGGGUCUUCAUCUUCAGGAUCAGAUGACGCAUUAUUGCAAAACACUGUAAGACAUAGCAAAAGCGUUUCUGGUGGACCUAUAUGCUCAAUCUGUAAGAGUGGUACUGGCAGCUGCCUUUUAAUUCCAUGUGAGAACACUAGCUGUUCUCGUAGGUUCCACAACUUCUGCCUUGAUCCUCUGCAAGCUAGUAGAGAAACCUUUGAAUGCUCUUUCUGCAACAUCAGUCAAGCUUCAUUGGACCAGCGGACAGACAUGUAUCCAGCUAAAAAGAUCCAUAGACUUGUAGGUCACAGAAGGGUAAUAACUAAGGAGUCCGAUUUUGAAUAUCAAUUCCUAGUGAAAUGGAAACUACUUUCUCAUCAUCAUGACAGCUGGGUUCCACUUGAUUGGCUUCAAGUCUUUGAUCGUGUGCGAGUACAAAGCUAUAUGAAGAAUAUCAGCUUGCUGGAAGAGGUUUACACAGAGGAUGAAAGGAAGCCUGAGUGGUUUGAAGUAGAUCGUGCCAUUGCAUGUCGGCAGAAGUAUGAUAUCGACGGUCCGUGUGAUAUUCUGGCUACUUUUCAGAAUAAUGAAGACUUUGACGGAUAUGAAUUCCUUGUAAAAUGGAACGAUCUUGAUUAUGGUGAAUGUACAUGGGAGCCCUAUUGUACUGAAGGUGUGCCAUCAGCUGUUUCUAUGCUUAUUGAAAGGCACCAAAAUACGUUGAAAAGAGUAGAUCGCGUCAACGAAACUUGCAUGGAUGGAAAGCUACCUGAUAAGGUGCACAAUGGAGUUUUAUAUGGGUAUCAACUGCAAGGUUUACAAUGGAUAUUUCAAAAUUUCAUAACCAGGAGGAGCGUUAUUCUAGCUGAUGAAAUGGGUCUUGGCAAAACUGUUCAAGUUGUUUGCUUUCUCAGACAAAUAAUCAAGGGAACUUUCACGACAUCUCCUUCAUUGGUUAUUGCUCCUAAGAGCAUCCUAUUGCAAUGGAAAAAGGAAUUUGGUUGCUGGGCAAGUGAUCUUAAUAUAGUUAUUUAUCAAGGAGAGAAGGACUCCAGAAAGUGCAUUCAAGCUCAUGAAAUGUACUCUUCUGAAGGGAAGACUUUAUUUGAUGCUCUUGUGACAAGUUACGAGUGUGUCCAACUUGAUAAAGCAGUCCUACAAAAAAUUAAAUGGUCAACCAUUGUCGUUGAUGAGGCACAUAGACUGAAAAAUCUCUAUUGCAACCUUGCCUCGUGCCUGAAACGAUAUAGCUCUGAGUUCCGGCUGCUACUUACAGGAACGCCCUUGCAAAAUAGUAUCCUGGAAUUGUUUUCAUUGCUUCAUUAUAUUGAUCCAGAUGAGUUCUCUGACCCAAAGACCGAUGGGUUGUUCUUACCAAUUGAAUCUGGACUGGAUUUGACAAUGGAUGAAAAAGUUGCUCGCAUUCAUGAUAUUUUAAAGCCCAGGAUGUUGAGAAGAAUGAAAUCUGAUGUGCUAAAAGAUUCUAUGCCAAUGAAGAAGUGGGUAGAAGUUCCAUGUGCACUUACAGAUUCUCAAAGAGACCUUUACAUUAAUAUUUUAGAGAAGAACUACUCAAAGCUGAACAGGGAUAUUCAGUGUGGCAAAAAGAUAUCUCUGAACAAUGUACUCAUGGAAUUGAGAAAAUGCUGCAAUCACCCGUAUCUAUUUCCAGGACAGGAAGUUAACCAACUUGCAGGAGAAGAUGUUUUCCUGUCACUUGUUUCUGCAUCUGGGAAACUUCAACUCUUACAGAAGCUUCUUCCAAAGUUGAAAGAAAGGGGGAACCGUGUACUGAUUUUCUCCCAGAUGACCAAGAUGCUUGACAUUCUCGAGGACUUUCUUUUUUCCCUGGGAUACAAAUAUGCACGCAUUGAUGGACAGACAUCACUCUCUGCAAGGCAGGAGCGCAUAAAAGAAUACAACAAUGUUGAAAGUGAAACAUUUAUCUUCUUGAUGUCUACUCGUGCUGGUGGUCUAGGUAUUGACCUGCCUGGCGCAGAUCGAGUGAUUAUCUAUGAUCCUGACUUCAACCCAUUCAUGGACUUGCAAGCACAGUCCAGGGCUCACCGGAUUGGCCAGACCCGACCUGUGGUUGUGUACCAACUGAUCACAAAAUGUUCUGUUGAAGAGAAGAUACUGCAAAAGUCUAAGCAGAAGCUGGCCAUUGAGAAUAUGUUAAUGAACUCUUCCAAAAAGCCAAGUGCAGAGGAGCUGAAGUCUGUUCUACUACAUGGAGCCAAGACAAUUCUGGAGAAGAAGAAGAUCAACGCUACAUCAAUCCAUUAUGAUGAUGAGGCAAUUGAGAAUCUCCUUAAGUUAGAUCCUUCUAGUGGGGAGAAGUGCUCUUCAGAUGACAACGGUUAUCUUGGUAGCAUCGUGAGCUUUGCUCAUGGCGACGAGGAGGAAGGACCUCUCUCCCCCAAGGUCGAGGAUCUCAAAGUUUUCAAGCCUGCUACUCCCAAGGUGGUUCUUGGCCGUGGGAGAAGGCAAAGGAAUGCUGUGAAAUACCAUGAAGAGUCUGAAAAUGAAGAGAGCGAUGAUAUGUAUGCUCCAGAUGCUUCUUCGGAGUCCAGUAGCUCAUCUGAUGAUGAAACAGAGCAAGAAGUUCCUGAAGUUGUGAGCUUGAAGCCGGAAGUUGCUCCUGUACCUGACAGCCAAUUGGCACCCUCCUCAGGCGGGGAAACGGAGAAUGUGAAGCUUGAGUAGCGAGCGUGAAGCUGGAAGUACCUGGCAUUUGAUGACGAAUUGAAAGUCAUUAAGGAAGUAGAAAAACCACUUUUGUAUAGGAAUCGCUUGAGUAGCAAUGUGUGGCUUAUUUAUAUGCUGGCUUUUGUGGCAUUUCUCUAUAGUUUGUAAAAAACUGGUCACAUCGUAUGCCCAGUUUAGUAAAUUGAUUGAUGGUGAUGGUACUGAUGUAUAACAACUAUAGUUGGAAUUAUCUCAUCUGGUAGUGUUUCUGCCAAUUUAUCAUU